CCCCGAAGCGCCAAUGGCUGGGCGCCCUCAUGCAGACGCGCCUGAGCGCGUCCCUCUUCCCAGGCAUGGAGUGGCGGCGGCGGCUGGAGACCCUAAACUACCGGUGACCCUUCACCUUAAGCCCGCGACCCCAUCCGUAACCUUUCACCCUAAGCCCGCGACCCCAUCCGUAACCCUGGAGGCGCCGGCGGCCGCGGGGCCCGAGGUCGAGGACGAGGACGAGGAGGAGGCGCUGCCGCAUUCGGAGGCGAUGGACGUGUUCCAGGAGGGCCUGGCCAUGGUGGUGCAGGACCCGCUGCUCUGCGACCUGCCGAUCCAGGUAACUCUGGAGGAGGUCAAUUCCCAGAUUGCCCUGGAAUAUGGCCAAGCAAUGACAGUCCGAGUGUGUAAGAUGGAUGGCGAGGUCAUGCCUGUGGUUGUGGUGCAGAACGCCACUGUCCUCGACCUCAAGAAGGCCAUCCAGAGACACGUGCAGCUCAAGCAAGAGCGCGAAGGGGGCGUCCAGCACAUCAGCUGGUCCUACGUGUGGAGGACGUACCACCUGACCUCCGCAGGGGAGAAGCUCGCAGAGGACCAAAAGAAGCUCCGCGACUAUGGCAUCCGCAACCGGGAUGAGGUGUCCUUCAUCAAGAAGCUGAGGCAGAAGUGAGCCUCAACACAGAGACCUCCCCAUUCGCUGGUCGAGAGGCUGUGCCGUGGCCUCGUGGAGCUGUGCCCAGUCGCACAGCAGGGACCCCCGGGGCUGUAGGUCCUGGCCGUUUGCUGUGGCAUUUAGGAUGUGAAAAGCCUUGACCAGCGUCGUGGCAUAGCACACUGAUAAUCCACUUGUGGUACCAGCAUCCCAUGUGGGUACUAGUUCAAGUCCUGGCUGCUCCACUGCCCAUCCAGCUCCCUGCUUGUGGCCUGGGAAAGCAAUAGAGGACGGCCUAAAACCUUUGGACCCUGCACCCAUGUGGGAGACCCAGAGCUCCUGGCUCCUGAUCAGCUCGGGUGCAGCCAUCAUAGCUACUUUGGAUUUGGGAAGUGAACUGGCACACAGAAUUCUCUCUCUCACUUUGUAACUAUGCUAUUCAAAAUAAAAUAAAUAUUUUGAAAAAGAAGG